AUGGACCAUCCAAAUUUUAAAACAACAACAAAUAAAUCAUCAUCACCAUUAUCAUCAUCAACGACAUUAUGUUGGUGUUGUUUGAAAUCAAAUCAACAUAAUGGUAACAACAAUGGUGGUAACAGGAUAAAUUCAUCAAAUAAAGAACGUAUUUCAAAUGAAUUGAUAAAAUCAUUUUCAUUCGAUAAUGAUGAUGAUAUUGAUGCUGAUCUGGAUGAUGAUGAUAAUUUAUCCGAAUAUUGUUAUGAUGAAGAUGAAGAUCUAAUGAAACAGCAAACAUUAUCGAAAACACCACCACCACCACUGUUACCACCACCAACGACAAUAACAACAUCAACAUCUAUUCCUUCUUGUACAACCAAAAUUUCCGAUGAUUAUUAUUAUAUUUCCAAAUUGAAUGAAUGCCUUAAUGAAACAAAUCAAUGGUAUCGACAACAACAACAACAACAAUUAUCAUUACAACAUCGAUCGAAUAUCAUCGAUCAUCAUCAUAAUCAUCAAUAUUUAUCAUUAGAAAAUGAUAGUUUAAUUCCAAGAACAGGAACGAAUAAAUUGACAAAAAUUCAACGUCAAAAUAGUAUUUGUUUGAAUGAUGAACAUAUGAUGAACACUAACACCAAUAUGACCACCGCCAUCAACAAUGAUAAUUUUAAUAAAAAUCGUUCACGUAAUAUAUUAAAACAACAGGCAAUUUAUGCAUCGAUUGCAUUGAAAAAUAAUACAAAAACAUUUAAUGAAAUGUUUUUAUCCGAUAAUGAUAACAAUAAUAAGGAUAAUCGAAAGAAAACAACAUCCAUCAUCAACCAUAAUCAUAAUCACAAUAAUGAUCUAAUAUCAUUAGCUGAAAAAGGUCGUAUUGGUAAGCAAAUAUCAACCGAUGGUUCAUUAUCAAGUGAAACUGGUAGUACAAAUGAAGAUGCAAUUAUUAUUUUAACACAAAAUAAUCAUCAUACAAAACGUAAUAUAUUAAAAUGUUUAAAAAAUGUUGAAUCAAAUGAAACAGCUGAUUCAUCAAUAAUAAUUAAAGAUAAUAAUAAAUAUCAAACAUUAAAUAAUAAUUAUUAUAAUGAUAAUAAUUAUGAAUCGGAUACACAAUCAUCAAAUUUACCGGAUUUUUCACCAACAAAUCCCCAACAACCGACAUUAUCUGAACAGAAUAUUUCAACAACCAAAGCAACAACAAAAAUGAUGAUUAAAAGUGGUAGUAGUAUUGGUGUUAUUGGUGGUGGUAGUAAAAAUGGUGGACGAUUAGAAAUAAGUUUUGCAUAUAAUGUAUCAAGUAAAAAAUUAUUUGUUACUGUGAUUCAAGGUGAUGAAAUACCUUAUAAAGAUCAACAUAAAAAUGUUUUACAGAUUUAUGUUAAAAUAAUAUUAUUACCAAAUAAGAAACAAAAAUUUCGUACAAAAUCCAAACCAAUAUUUUGUCCAAUAUUCGAUGAAACAUUUACAUUCAAUCGAAUUAGUCCGGAUGAUAUUUCUAAUUUAGGUUUACGUUUUCGUUUAUUUAGUAUUGGUUUUACAAGAAAAACUUAUCUAAUUGGUGAAAGUCGUAUAUCGUUUGCAUUGAUAAAACCACAACAACAGGAAACCAAAUUAUGGUUUACAUUGGAUGUUCCGGCUAAAAGAAAUCGGUUAUUAGAUUUAGAAUCAUCAAGUCUAACAAGAACAGAUAGUACAUCAUCACAAUCAUUACAGAAUAAUAGUUCACCGGAAUUAUUAUUAAGUCUUGCAUAUAAUGGUACAACUGGUCGAUUAAAUGUAACAAUGAUUAAAGGAAGCCAAUUUCGUUGCCUAUCAACACGUACACCGGAUACAUAUAUAAAAUUAUUACUUGUAUCACAAAAUGGUAAUGAAAUGGCACGUGGUAAAACACGUAUAUGUCGUGGACAACCAAAUCCAUUAUUUCGUGAAACAUUUGUUUUUCAAGUGGCAUUGUUUCAAUUACCCGAUGUAACAUUAAUGAUAUUUGUUUAUAAUAAACGUAGUAUAAAACGUAAAGAAAUGAUUGGUUGGAUAUCGCUUGGUUAUAAUAGUAGCGGUGAUGAAGAAUUAUCACAUUGGAAUGAUAUGCGUGAUAAUAAAGGUGAACAAGUAUCAAGAUGGCAUGUACUACAUGAACCAUAAAACAAACAAUUUUCAACCAAAAAAAAGUCAUAUCUUAACAAACAAAAAAAAUGAUGUCAAAAAUUUUUAUCAAACGACGACGAAUAUUCCGAUUCUAUUUACCCAAAUAUUUUAUCUUGCAAAUUUUUUUUUUCGGAUAAACAUUUAUCUUAUCAAACAAAAUUUUUUUUUUCUAAAACAAAAACAAUUCCCACCAAUCAUACACUGGUGUGUGUGUGUGUGUGUUUUAUUGAUUCA